AGCAGGAGGCAGGCGGCUGGACCAGACACAUCAGUUUCCGCCGGUCCGGGUCCGGAGGUAGACACCUGCGGCGGACACCAGGAAUUCGCAUCCUCCAUCCAGUGUUCUUGGAUCUGCCGAUCACUGCAGUCACCAUGUCACUGUCCGCCUACAAGAAGAAGAUGAAGGAAUUACCCCUCUUCAACCUGUUUUGUUCCUGUUUCAACCCAGAGCCACGCAGCAGAACCCUCUAUAAAUUUGAUGAUCCAGCUGACCAGAACUGGUGUUUCAUCUCUGACAUGGAAGUGAAAGAGCUGAACAAGAGGGCAUCUGGCCUCUCCUUCGAGGUCAUCCUGAAACCGCCCUCCUUUGAGGGGGUCCCAGAAUUCCACACCGUGCUCCCGAAAAAGCGAGAUCCAUCUCUGGAGGAGAUCCAGAAGAAACUGGAAGCGGCUGAGGAAAGGAGGAAGUGCCAGGAGGCAGAGCUGCUUAAACAUCUGGCUGAGAAGAGGGAGCAUGAGCGAGAGGUGAUCCAGAAAGCCAUCGAGGAGAACAACAACUUCAUCCGCAUGGCCAAGGAGAAGCUGGAGCAGAAGAACGAGACCCAGAAGGAGAACAGGGAGGCUCACCUGGCAGCCCUGCUCGAGCGGCUCCAGGAGAAGGACAGGCGUGUAGAGGAGGUCCGAAAAAAUAGAAGUCUUCGAUGCAGCGCAGAGCGAUAGAGGCAUGCGGAUAUGGGGCGACUUCACCCAACGCUUCUCAUUUGAAAGUUUAUUUGUAAAUACUAAUUCUGAACAAAAUGUGGGCAGCCAGUUAGAGACAGAGACGUCUGACUCUCGGCUGGGCAUGCGUAUCCCAGUGUAAAGCAGCUUUCAGUCUGUGUAUUGGUCCUGGUUCAGCUUGGUCCAGUUCUGGCCUGGUUCAGUCCGGUAUGAGUAUAGUUUGGUGCAUUUUUGGUCUGCUCUGGCCCAGGGAACACAUAACGCAGGAGCAGCUCAGUAGGGCAGGCAGCAUUAAUGGAGGGGAACAGACAACAUUUUGGACGGAGAGCCUGGAAUGGACAAGGGCAGAAGGCAGAAUACUCCCUCCUCCCCACCUGCCCCCCUCACAUGGCCGCACCUAUCACAUGCCAGCUUGUCCCUCUUCCCCUUUUCCCCACCUUCUCCCCUCCUUCCUAGUGCCAAUGAAGGGUCUCAGCCCAAAUUUUUGACACUUUAUUCCUCUCCAUAGAUGUUGCCUGAGCUGCUGAGUUCCUCCAGCAUUUUGUGUGUGUGUUGCUCUGGAUUUCCAGCAUCUGCAGAAUCCCCUGUGUUUCUGAUCUGGCCCUGGAUCGGCCCAGUUCUGGCUCUUUCUGGUCUUGUUCUGUAUUGUUUCGUCCUCUGAUCUGACCCACGCUGAUCAGGGCCUGAUCUCUGACUUCUGAUCCACGAGGUCGAAUGCUUUUCCUUGUCUAGUUCAUACCGUCAGUGUGUUUCCCGCCCUUGCAGAAAGCACAGUGCUAGCCCACGUUCACACCUGUGAUGGCAGAGCUAAGACCCAUCUCAGAAUUGGUUCUCACUUUGUCCCCGUGUCGCCCCUCCCCUUCGCAGUCCUUCCUCUCUGCCUGCUAAUGGUUCUAAUGUGACCUUGCCCUCCCCCCUGUGCUGGGGCAGCCCCAGUCCCCCUCGCUCUGCACCACUCUCUUUUCCACGACAUCCCACACAUUUGUCCCAAAGCCUCGAGGACCCAAGGCGGGAGGCCAGCUCCCUCCUCUCCUCUCCCUGCAGAGGCUGCCUGACCUGCCGGCUGUUUGCCACUGUCACUCGGGCGAUAUGACGCAGGGAAUGCGUCCUCUGGUCAAGCAGCCCCUGUGAGGGGAGAGUCCGGUUGGCGCUUGGGGUCUGGGACUCCUUCCCCUUCAGCACUGGGGGGAGAGAAGCUGGCCCCUGGGGGAAGGAGGUGGAGUGUGAGGCAUUGGUUGGGACAGAUGAAGUGACAAGGGCAAGGGUAUCAGGCAUUCCCCUGAUCCAGCUGAUGUAUGCCCUUACCUUCUGACCGUCUCCUCCUCUCUCCAGGAGGUUUGUUGUCCUGCACUUCAUUCCUGCCCCCCGAUCUGCUCUGACAGCCCCAGUCCCUGCCUCCAGCCUCAAACACCGCCAUUCUUCAUCCUCAGUCUUUCUAACUUAUCCCGUUCUGUUUCAGUGUCUCCAGGGUAUUGUCAGGGGGAGGUUUGUCUUUGUACACACACACACACACACACAGACACACACACUCACACUCACACACACACACUCUCUCACACACACACUCACACUCACACACACUCUCUCACACUCACUCACACACACACACACACUCUCUCUUUCACACUCACACACACAUACACACACACUCACACUCACACACACUCUCUCACACUCACACACACAGACACACACACACUCACACACACACUCUCACACACACACACUCACA